AACCUCUUCUCAGCAUGGCGACAAUCAACAGCCAUCUCCGCGAGCCUGAGAGGGUGAACUUGCUUUCCGAUCAUGACGACAGUGACGACGACGAGGUGCAUGUUAAGCGAAACCCACAAAUGUGGCCAAUGAGCAUGGCCAGCUCGGCGCACGCAGAAGCGGGAAUUGUUGACGCUGAUGGAAUUCUUCCAGGAUGCGUCGGAAAAGCGAAUAGAAUGAUUCGUAUUGCUUUUCUCCGAAAAGUCUUGGGUAUCGUCGGAUUUCAACUCCUCUUCACCAUUGGAAUCUGUGCUGCUAUCUACAACAUUCCCAACUCCAAUCAGCUUCUUCAGAAACACGCAUGGAUUGUGUUCCCAAAUCUUCUCGGUUCAAUUGCUCUGAUUAUUGCGCUCCACGUCUACGCCAGAGAAGUCCCUCUCAAUUAUGUUCUUUUGGCCGCAUUCACCGCUGUUCAAGCUGUCACUAUGGGAUGUGUUGUAACUCUCUUCGAAGCAAAGGUGGUUCUUGAAGCAGCAGUCAUCACAGGACUUGUAGUUGCGUCUCUCUUUGCUUACACCCUACAGAACAAAAGAGACUUUUCAGUGGGAUAUGCCAGUAUGGGAUCGCUCUUGUGCGUUCUUCUCUGGGCAGGCAUAUUCCAGAUGUUCUUCAUGUCUCCAGCCGUCAAUUUCGUUAUCAACGUAUUCGGAGCCGGCUUGUUCUGUGUUCUCCUGGUCAUCGACCUUGACAUGAUUAUGUACAGAUUCAGCCCAGAAGACUACAUCUGCGCUUGUGUCUCUCUCUACAUGGACAUCCUCAAUUUGUUCAUUAGAAUUCUUCAGAUUGUCGCUGAAGCCAACAAGUAAACCUAUUUCCCCCAUUCAAUUAAUUGUAAAAUCCCGGAAAAUGACUUCAUAAUUUCUUGUAUCACACAGUUUACUCCCAUGCUUCUCCCGUUUUCACAAAGGUUCGUGAUAUUUUGAGUUGAUCAAAACACCAUAUAACCAUACCCCUGUCCACUAUUUCUACACAAAUUCUAUUCUAAUCCAAAAUCUGUAAAAUAUUGAACAUCGAAAGAGAGAAUAAAAUGUUAAGAUGAA